AUGGUAACGCAAGGGUUGAAGCCCGCUCGGAUUUGCAAUGGAAUGGCUCGGCGAUUUAGGUUGUCGAAGACUGAGAUGCCGACGCUACGUCAGGCGCAGUGGUUCGUCGACCAGUUGGCUUAUGGCUCGACCGUCUCAGACACGAAUCCAUUUUCGUUCGGAUGGAAACGUGACGCGGCAAAACCAGAUGUGGGGAACGGCUCUGACGAAACGCCAUUUUUGGUGGGACUGAGAGCGAAGCAUCUUCUACUGAAUUCGGCCCGCGAUCCAGAGUCAUUAGUAUCUCACAUGGACGUCACGUUCAAGUUGAACCAAGUCGUGUAUCUUGUCAUUGUAUGUGGCAUCUCUGACAUGUGUCGCUCGUUUCAUCUUGUGGCACUUUUCAUAACUUCCCAACGCUUGGAGGACACGUCACAGUGCUAA